UCGUGCUUCAUCACGGUUGAAAGUAGAAUUCAAAAUAAUGAGAUAUUGGGUGGUGUUCGUUUCGUCUUUGGUUUUAUCCUACGUGCUCGUAGGCAAUGCUUUUCAAUGUGGGCAUCAAGCCGGUGGUGCUCUGUGUCCACCAGGCAUAUGUUGUAGCUUCUGGGGCUGGUGUGGCACCACUGACCUCCACUGCCUCGUUGAAAAUGGCUGUCAAAGUAAUUGUGUAGAUGGCCCCGACACUCCGCCACCACCAGCCCCUGAAACUCCACCGCCUUCCCCCGACAUUCCGCCCGGUGGUGCACUCGGUGAUAUUAUAUCAAGAGAAAUGUUCGAUGAGAUGCUGAAAUAUAGAAAUGAUCCUCGCUGUCAUGCCGUUGGCUUCUACACCUACGAAGCUUUCAUAACCGCUGCGAAGUCUUACCCAGCCUUUGCCUCAACCGGCGAUCUGGCCACUCGGAAAAGAGAAGUUGCUGCUUUCUUAGGCCAAACUUCCCACGAAACUACUGGUGGAUGGCUGGGAGCACCGGAUGGUCCAUAUUUUUGGGGAUAUUGCUAUAAGGAGGAGAUAGGUUGCCCUUCACAUUAUUGCCAGCCAAACCAAAAUUUUCCUUGUGUUCCUGGUCAGAGUUAUUGUGGCCGAGGUCCCAUUCAACUUUCAUGGAACUAUAACUAUGGCCAAUUUGGAGAAAGCAUAGGGCGUAAGGACCAGCUUUUACGAAAUCCCGCCAUCUUAAUAAACAACAAUACCAUGUCCUUCGAGUCUGCUUUCUGGUUCUGGAUGACUCCACAGCCACCAAAGCCUUCUUGCCACGACGUGAUAACCGGAGUAUGGACACCUUCACCUGCUGACAUCGCAGCGAAUCGCCUUCCCGGGCUUGGCGUGACCACGAAUAUUAUCAAUGGCGGAUUGGAAUGCGGUACUGGUCGUCCCGACGACAGGGUUCAGAGCCGCAUCGGGUUCUAUAAAAGGUACUGCGACAUGCUCGGAGUUAGCUAUGGCGACAAUCUUGACUGCUACAACCAAAGGCCUUUCGGAUUUGGACGCUUGGUGGAUUCGAUGUAGCUUUUGGUAUCAAAUGACGGCAUUGAUAAACAAUAAGUGUGACCUUUAUGAUUCGGUAGAAUAAAACAGUGCCAUGUGCUAAAUGCACUGUGUUCAAUGCUCCGUCUUUGAAAGUUUAUGUAAGCUCAAGUUAAAUAAAAUCAAUAAUUGAUCCUUAAGCACUGGGGGAA